AUGAAUCAUACCUGUUUAGCUAAUAGGGCUGAUGGUACUGAGGAUCAGGCUGAUAAUAUGGAGGCUCGUGCUGAUAAUACUGAGGUUCAGGCUGUCAUCAAAGAAAAAGGAGAAGAACCUCGACUACAGCGGAGCUUCCCCAUGGACGCAUCGGCAUUCGCGCAGAUCGACCCACUCCACUGGAUCCUUGACAUGAACUCCCUCGUCAGCGAUGCCUACCGCAACGUUAGAAAACUCUGUGUGUUUCUCCUCCCGGUUGCGGCUUCCUCCUUCCCACCCGGCAAGGCCCUCACCGUCUACUUCCAGCCCCUUGGUCAUCCCUUCCUCUUUUGCGGCGUCGUCCACCCUGCCCGCCCAUCCGCUCUCCUCUCCCUCCCUUGGGCUGACCCUUCCGAAGAACCCCCCAUUCCUGACCCUAACCCUAAUCCCCUCCAGCUCGCGCUCACCUCCGCCAAGAUCGGUAUCUCGGUCGAGGACCUCGCCUCCUUGCCACCUGUCGUUUACGUCGUUGUGGAGAAGAAGGCCGAGCGACUCGCUCUUAGGGUUGGCGAGAACCUCUUCAAUUUCAUGCAGUCCUUCUGCGGGAUUGACGGAAGCCAGCUCAUCGUGCCCAUGGAUAUCCUUGACCGGUGGUUCAAGAAGUUCCAGGAGCGAGCCCGGAAGGAUCCCAGUUACCUCAAAGAUUUCACCUUGUGACAGACAGGUGAAUGCCCAAUCCCAAAGGUGCUGCUUUUUGCAAGGAUCUCUUUC